AGUUUAAGAGAGAGCGCGCUGCACAUGUCCGUGAGGGGGCGCGACUACGCUGGGCGCGCGCGUUGCGAUGCUACAUGCUAACGCGUCUGAGCUUGAUGUUGACACCUGCCAGAUCACGCUAGUGUUGCGGUGGGAGUCGUUCGAGUCCGAUGGGGCUGUUUUCCGGAUGGGAAGUAGAGGCAACGGAUGAUAUCGAUGGGGAGGAGCGGCUUGAGUGCGGAUCCCGACCGGGUCCAGCACCACGCUGCUUUUCCCGCGUCCGGAAUCCUUUGUUGCCAGGGAUACGUCUCCAGGGACAUGCACUCCCAGAGGUAGGGGCGGGCUUUAAGAGAGAGGAGACCCUCAAUUUGAUGAAGCAACAGGGAAAGAGAGCAAUGAAGAAGGGCAGGGCGUAGCUCAGACAUAAAGGUCACCAGGAAGAGGAAAAGUUGGACCGUCAGGAUGGGGUAUGACCUGGAGAGGUUUGUGGGAUACGUGAAUGACGGGCUACUGUGCUGCGUGUGCCGAGACGUGCUCGAGCGCCCCCUCCAGGCGCCCUGUGAACACGCCUUCUGCAGCGCCUGCAUCAGCAGCUGGCUGCUCCAUCACCACACUUGUCCGGAGGAUAGACAGCCGCUGGAUGUGGGAGGUCUCAAACCUCUCUACAGGUACAUGCGUAACGACCUCAACCGUCUGCAGAUACGUUGUGUGAACGCAGGACACGGGUGUGAUGUUGUGUGCUCGCUGGAGAGCCUGCACGCCCAUGAGGAUGAGUGCGACUUUGCGUUUGUAUCAUGCUCAAACUCAGGUUGUCCCGCUCAAGUCGAGAGGCGUGGCUUGGAGGCUCACCUGUCCGAAUGCAACUUCUGCAGCAGAGAGUGUCCAAACGGGUGCGGCCAUACUCUCCUCUCCACCGAGCAUCCGCAGCAUAACUGUGUGGCAGAGUUGCGCACGGAAGUGGAGAUGCUGCGGGUUGAGAUGCUGUGCAAGGUGGAGGAGGUGAGACGGGAGAUGGAGUCUCGUUUGGACUCGCAGAGGAGACACAUGGUGCAGAAAGAGUCGCAGCUGAAGAACGAAGUCGAGGAGGUGAAGGGCCAGCUGUCCCGUGUGAUGGGUGACAUGCGCGCCCUCCUGGGAGCCGAGCGUCUAAGAAGACAGGAGUUGGCAGAGGUGGAGCUGGAGAAGCAGGAACUCCUGGAGCUCCUCAGAGACCUGCACCCCGCCAAGUGUCAGCAGCCUGUGGACCAGGUGGCCCGAGAGGCCCCUCAGCAGGGGGAUCAGCAGACACCCGUAUGGGAACCAUCCUCUCAGCCAUCGGGGCACCAGAGAAGGAAAGCUUCCUUAAAUCUUCCCGGUCUAUCACUUCACUCAUCUCAGGCUUUGAAUGCAUCAGAUCCUCCUCCUCCUCCUCCUUCACCCCAGCUGAGUGACGGCGCACGUAAGAGUGGAACCCGGAGUAUGACGCUGGACUACAUCAAGAAGAAGAGCCGGGAGGUCACAGUCAUCUGAAAAGACUGGACUGAAGAUUAGCCAAAUAAGAACGUCUUUUUCUUGGUCAACAAUGUUUAACCAGAUCGUAGUAAUCACAUCAACGGCAAAACAGGAAGUGGGCGGGUAUGUUUUAGGAGCAGACGCUGUGUUUGAAAAAUAUCUUAUGUCAUUUGACUGUAGGUUGAACUGGGAAUAGACUACUAAUUUCCACUAUUAGUGUAGUAAUAUAAUACAUAUAUAGUAUUUCAAUGUGUGCCUAAUAAAAGAUAUAAAUAUAAAAUACCAAUUAAAAUUAAAAACAAACUAAUUUAAAAGGCUAAAAUCAAUUAAAAUGGCGAAAGGGGAAACAAACUCUGUUGCUAUGAACUUUAAUUCUCUGGGUACAAUUCAUAAUAACAAAACAUAAAACAACACAAAAAGCCCGCACAUCAUUAUGACAUCAUGAUCGCCAUGGAGACGACACAUAAAAGAUCCCCGUUGGUCCAAAAAGGAGCCCUAACAGCCUCCAGUCAAUGCCCAGGUGUGAUUUACCUGGUGAAGGAGCGGACGUGUCGGCCCCUCCCGCCUCCGCUCCCUCCCCCGCCGCUAAACUUGCUCACCUGGGACCCUCUCCCUCCUCCUCCGCCACCUCCUCCUCCACCACCGCCACCACCACCCGCGCCCCCGCCGCCUCCACCGCCUCCUCCGCUAAGCCACGACAGCCCCGUUCCUCCUCUUCCGCGUGGGGCGCGAUCACGUGGAGCCAGGCGAUACGCAUCUAGGAAACGAUGAGAAGUAGUCGUUUAGAAAAAUGCAUUUAACGUAAACGUGUGCGUCAUUCCUUACUAGCAGGAAGUUGUCUGGAAGGCAGAGGUCCUCGUGUGAAGUUGCUUUGCCCCCCCCGAGGUUCACUGUACGUUCCUCUGUGAGUGACGGCUGGCACUUGGCCGCUCCACGAUGAGCCUCGGCCUCCCUCUCGGCGAGCAUAGUUACCUGUGGGAAAAAACAAAAGACUUUAGCGCCUCCUGCUGGUGCUGAGAAGAGACUACAAAGUGCAGGUUCGGACCGGCUGACUGACGUCAAACUCCAAACUGAAACUACAGGAAGUAUUUAAACAUGUCGCUAUUUUUCUCAGGCUGAUGCGCCUCCCCGGGGUCCCUGACAUGUUCAAAUCCCCCUCGGAUUUAUGUCUUUUGUCAUAAUUGUGAGCGGCCUUUAUGUGAUCAUUGCUUUACAUCCGGCGGCACGGUGGACGAGUGGUUAGCGCGCAGACCUCACAGCUAGAAGGCCAGGGUUCGAUUCCACCCUCUGUGUGGAGUUUGCAUGUUCUGCCCGUGCAUGCGUGGGUUUCUUCCCACAUUCCAAAAACAUGCUAGGUUAAUUAGCGACUCCAAAUUGUCCAUAGGUAUGAAUGUGAGUGUGAAUGGUUGUUUGUCUAUAUGUGCCCUGUGAUUGGCUGGCCACCAGUCCAGGGUGUACCCCACCUCACACCCGAAGAUAGCUGGGAUAGGCUCCAGCACCCCCUCGACCCUCGUGAGGAAAAGCAGUAGAAAAUGAAUGAAUCCUUCCGGUUUCCGGAUCCAGUGUGAGAUUUGAAGAGGUUACCAUAACGUGCCCUCGGUCCACCAUUAUGACCCAUGACCCUCAAGACACAAGGUGCGUACAUACCAGACAGAAGUACACUUUUAGGCUGCGGUGGAGUAAAAAAGCGAGUCUGGUUGUGAAAGGUGGCUCUGCCUCGGUUUCCCGUAAAGAGUCCUCUGGUCGGGAGCUUGGGGGCGCUUUUAGGAGGCCGUUUAGGGGGUAGGAGUCCAAUCGGGGUGGUAAUGUCUUUAAACUCCGCUGCCACAAAGUCAUCCACGUGCAUGCUGGGAGGACGGGAAGUGUUCUGUUUGCGCUGGCGGAAGAUGUCGUGGGGUCUGCAGAGGUUCUGUCCAAAGCCCCCUCGACCCCCUCUGCCACGCGGGGCUGCCAUGAUGUGUGCUCUCUUCGCCGGUUCCACGUAGUCUGAUUUACCACUGCAAAAUGUGAUGACAUUUUGUUUCAUUUCAGUCAAACAUCAUUCAGCUAAUUGAGACUAAUUAUGCUACCUGGAUGUGAUGAAGGUCUCAUGUUUGUGUUUCCCAGGCCGGAAGCCUUUUUGAGCCUUGGCGUGACCGGGGGAGGAAGGUUCUGACAGGUAGGAGCGCUCCAGCUCAGCCUUCAGGUCCAGUUCUGGACAACAUUCUUGGGCCAGACCCACCAGGUCCACCUUUACCUAUGACACAGACAGGAUAGAGCUGCUGAGACGGCACCGGUGUCACCGUGGCUCAUAAGUGCGUCAAUUGAUGCAAUCAUGGAUAAGACUAUUAAGUUAUUAGAUUAUUAUUAUUAUUUGUGUGGACAAAUAUAAUGAUGGCAACAAAGUGAGGAAUUAAAAAGUAGAAACUGCUUUUAAGUAGCCACGUUUACAUGACGAGUUUUUCUCUUUCCGAAUGACCUUUCCGAAAACAAUGGCAUCCACGGAAAGGAAUAUUCCAAUCUCUUGUCUACAUGCGGCACUAUAAUCAAAGUCCAUGGGGCAUGCCCAGCAAAACGUAAACAUCAACAUCACGUGAUACCGGCUUCCGUGAGUUUUUCCCCGAGUUUUUCCUUCGUCCGGUCUUGAAUUUAGUUUGGAUCCAAAACAAACUUUCCGCAGCAGUCCAGUGCCGAUCGCUCGCCUCCAUUUUUAAAACCGAAGAACGUCUCGAGCUGCGUGUUACGUCAUAUCUGAGCAUGCCCUGAAAGAACGCACCCGGGAUAAAUUUAAACAGGAAAAGAUCAAAUUCAAUCUUGCUAAUAUUUUAUAAUUAAACUCGGGGCAUGUUUUAUAUAGAUAUAUAUUUUCUUUUUUAAUAAAACUGGACUUGUGAAUGGCGUAUAGAAGGGUUUAGAUUCGGUUCCACAGAUGGCGCUAAUGCACACAAAAGCGGGUACAAGAUACCUCAAUCGGAUUGGGGAAAGGAAUAUUCCACCCCUGUGAAUCCGAUUAUAUAUUCACUCAGAUUGGCACUUUUCUUUGGGAAUGAGGUGUAUACAAAGGUUACAUUCUUUCAGUUUGAACAAAUAAACCGAAUGCAAUUAGAAUAUUUGCGUCCAUGUAUACGUGGCUAGUGAUGUUGCGCAAGACAAUAUGCAGCACCGGCACUCACCAUGUCGAGUUCACUUUCUAUGUCAUCCGUUUGGAAGGGAGAGAACCACAGCGCCUUGAGUUGAUCAUCAAGGGCCUCCGAGAGGAUAAACACUGUCCUAAAGGAAAUGACAUGAAUAGUUUGGGUUAGUUUCAGUUCCGUGUUCCUCGACUGGGGGGCAUCAUCAGCGGUUUUACCGGUGAUUAAACUGAGCGGCAAGAGUUUCCGGCACCGGGAGCGUAGGUUCCGUAUCGGCUGCCGGUGGCUCAUCUGCUGCAGUCUCCAGUGUUUGCCUCAGGACGGUCACGCUUUCUAACAUGGUCUCCAGGGAAUCAUCUUCCUUACAGAGUUUCUGCAUGGGAAACACAUAUCCACAUGCUAUAUACAUACAGUAUAGAUCAGGGGACUCAAACUAGUGUCCUGCAGGCCACAUUUGGCUCGCGGGCCACGUGUUAUGAAAGUUUAAUGUUUGAUACGGAUGCUGUAUGGUAUCAUGUACCCGGAAAAAAAUUAUUACGUUUGAUUAAUGUUCAUGUUAAAGGUUACAUAACUGUUAAUAGUUAUCCUCCCUAUCCGUGUGGAAGUGGUAAGUUUUUGGCUAUUUAAGUUUAAAGGAAAUAACUUGAAGGCUACCGUUUAGGUGGCUAACUCUCUAGUUUGCGAGUUAGCAUGUGUCUCAAGACCCUGCAGUUGCGCAAUAUGUUGUAAAUAAAAAAAAGUAUAAAUGUGACUAUAGUUGUGUUUUGUCAUGUCUACAGGGCUCUAAUAAUGCUUUGUUCAUUUUAAUCUGAAAAAAAUAAUUUGUCUACCCACCAAUUAUAUGUGGUUUCUUAAGUUUUUAUUAUUUGCCGUUUUAUUAUUAU